AUGCAUGAUGUCAUGGAUUCUGGUGGGUUUGGAGGUGGUGUUUUACCCUCGCAGGUUGUGCUCUUUGGAGCAGAAUGGAACCACACCUCUCCCUGCAGCCUCCCACGACAGUUCAAUGUUAAAAAAUCCAUGGAACCUGUCCAGCCCCGAGCCCUCCUCAAGUUCCCAGACAUGUAUGGCCCCAGGCCAGCUGUGACGGCUCCAGAGGUCAUCAACUAUGCAGACUACACGCUGAGGACCACAGAGGAGCCUGCGGCACCUACCAGCCCUCAGGCCUCAAAUGACAGUCGCCUCAAGAGGCAGGUCACAGAGGAGCUGUUCAUCCUUCCUCAGAAUGGUGUGGUGGAGGAUGUCUGUGUCAUGGAGACCUGGAACCCAGAGAAGGCUGCCAGCUGGAACCAGGCCCCCAAACUCCACUACUGCCUGGACUAUGACCAGCAGAAGGCUGAAUUGUUUGUGACUCGCCUAGAAGCUAUGACCAGUGACCAUGAUGGAGGCUGUGACUGCUAUGUCCAAGGCAGUGUGGCCAGCAGAACUGGCUCUGUGGAGGCCCAGACGACCCUGAAGAAGCGGCAGCUGCACACCACCUGGGAGGAGGGCCUGGUGCUCCCCCUGGCAGAGGAGGAGCUCCCCACAGCAACCCUGACGCUGACCCUGAGGACCUGCGAUCGCUUCUCCCGUCACAGUGUGGCUGGGGAGCUCCGCCUGGGCCUGGAUGGGGUGUCUGUGCCUCUGGGGGCCGCCCAGUGGGGUGAGCUGAAGACUUCAGCUAAGGAGCUGUCUGCAGGAACUGGAGAGGUCCUUCUGUCCAUCAGCUACCUCCCAGCUGCCAACCGCCUCCUGGUGGUGCUGAUUAAAGCCAAGAACCUCCACUCUAACCAGUCCAAGGAGUUUCUGGGGAAAGAUGUAUCUGUCAAGGUGACCUUGAAGCACCAGGCUCAGAAGCUGAAGAAGAAGCAGACAAAACGGGCCAAGCACAAGAUCAACCCCGUGUGGAAUGAGAUGAUCAUGUUCGAGCUGCCCGACGACCUGCUGCGGGCCUCCAGCAUGGAGCUGGAGGUGCUGGGCCAGGAUGAGGCGGGGCAGAGCUGCACUCUCGGCUGCUGCAGCCUGGGCCUGCACGCCUCGGGCUCCGAGCACAGCCACUGGGAGGAGAUGCUCAAAAACCCACGCCGGCAGAUCGCCAUGUGGCACCAGCUGCACCUGUAGCCAGCACCUGGACCACUCCCCUCCAGGGCACUGCCUGGGCCUUCCAGCACCUGCUGUCCUCUGCAACCUCCUUUUUGUGCCCAUCCUCAUUCUGAUGCCCAGAAGACAGACAGACGCAUUUGCAAAGGCCAGGAUCCUAUUCCUGUCUCAUCACACUCCCAUUUCUAAAAAAAAAAAGUACAAGGCAGAGAAGGGCAGUGCAUGGAAAAGGGACAUUCAGGCCUCACUGAGGAAUGCAUUUUGCUCAUCUGUGGUAUUGAAAGAGACAUUUACCAAAUACAACUCAUGUGUUGGUUUUACAGAUGGGGUUAGGUCAGAUGAAGAGAAAGCUUAAUUAGGGGAAAAAUGGAUGCAAAGAAGAAUUUGGCUUUUUAAAAAUAAGCAUUUAAAAAAAUGAAGGAAAUGAAAGUAUCUUGGAUCAACUCACAGAAUUAGAGAUUGUCCGGAUAUGACGAAACCUUAGCCAACAUUAAAUCAAGCUCCCCUCUCAAGGCCGCAGCCAGCAGUUCUCAAACCGCAGUAUGUGAAGAAGCACCAGCAGACUCCUGGCCCACCUGCAGACAUUCCAAAGCAGUAUUCCUGGCCCACAUCCAGGAACCUUCAUUUCUAACGAGCACUAAUGCAGAGGUCGGAGUGCUGCGUUUGGAGAAAUUCCUUCUAGAACAUUCCAGACAAGUUUUCAACCACAGUCCUUGAUGGGGUCCCAACACCUUGGGGUAGCCAGUUCCAACACUGGACACCUCAAUCCUCAUUGUGAAGUUUGGAGCCUCCUUUUUUUAAUUUAAUUAUUUUAAUUCUUAAUAUUUUAACUUGUGCUUUUUUGAUCCUGCUUUUUGUGCUUUUUAUUGAAGAACUUUAUUGUUUUAUCUCAAAAUCAGUUUAUAUUAUACUUGGGGAGACCGUCCCUGACAAAGUAUAGGUGGGAUCCCCUUUUAGUCACUGGACGGGAUUCUGAGUACUAACUGUCCCAUUCACCAGCAUCACCAAAGUGACCCUCUGAGAGACCUGUCCCUUGUCAGCAUUCCAGCCAUGCCAGAAGGAAUUUAGGUAACAACUGAGUCUAUUACAUCUGGCUACAUGGAGGUGGACAUGGGAGAUAACUUUAAGAAGGAAAUGAGGUCUUUUGCAAAUGUGCCUCCCUCCCUCCAUUUUCAGGACCCAACCCUUUAAUCAGUAAGCAACCAGCAGCCAGGUUUUGAAUUCCUACCUUGUUAUUCCACAAAGAUGUCCACAUUGUUGAUUCAGUCUAAAAUAUGAGCCUUGCUGAGUGGAUAUAAUACUCAUCCGUGAACCAGGAUUCCUGGGUUCUGUUGCUCUCAGUGCCCUUCAGAACCUCAGUUUCAUCAUCUGUAAAAUAGGACUAAUGAUAUGGGAGCACAUCUCUGUAAAUGAGGUGACAGAUGAAAUAGUGUUUAACAGCUGUAGGCACUCCCUGGCUAAAAGCAAACUCUGGGCCAUCAGCAGAUCAUCUUUAAUCUAGGUUACUGUGUUUUGCUUCAAGUUGGCAGCUGAGAAUACCCGGAAGGUGCCGGAACCAUCCCAGGCAUUUCCAGAACCAUGGAUUCCACAUUUGGACUCUAUACUAACAUCCAAGCUCUGGGCCUUCAGAGGUCACUACAGUCCCCUGAGAGAGAAUUCCUUGAUGAGACGGGUGAGGGCUUCAUUCCUUCAACAAGUCACGUUAUACUUGGCCUCUCCUGGAGAAUCUGAGCAGGGACCUUAUAACCUUUUGUCAUUAUUUCCCCCUUCAGUACAGAAAUAGAAAAGUGUCAUAAAUAACUUCUACACACCCUCUGAAGAAACAGAAAAAAAUAGUAUCUAAUCCCUCCUUAAUGGGAAAGACUUUCAGAUUACUGGAGACCUUGAUCAUUAAAGUUGAUCAGCUCCUGUCAAAUGUUUCUUAGGCAAAGGAUUUAUUAGUAGUUUCCCAUAACAUGUUUUUGAGAUCCCCUUGUCACCCUGAUCUCUCUCUCCCUUUUUUUUUUUUUUUGGUUGGCAUGACAAAAAGAGAACAAAAUAUUCCCUAUGUAAGCUGAAAGCUGACCAGCACUCUCUUCUUGAUAACAUCUGCUACUGUACUGCUACUCUAAUCUAGCAAAGUUUGGAUUCUAGACUAAAAAUAAGGAAACAUGGGUUCCACUUCCUUAUAAAUCUAUGCACCUGCCUUACCGCCCCACUAAAGGACAUUUGAGGUGGGCUGGGAAGGACCCCUGGUUCCAGAAUGUCAACUCCACCCUUCAUCAUUCCAUCACAAGGCAUUCAUUACUUUGGAUUGCAAAGUUUUAGCCUUCCAGAAUCCAAACUAAAGUUUGCCCCAGUUAGGAGCUAAAUUCCAACACAGAACAUCUUUGGUGUGAGCCAUCACCUCACUUAGCAGGGAUGUACAGAAAUGAGAUAGGUUUUGCAGGGGGGGGUUGUCUUUUAGGUUCACGAGUGUAUUCCAAGUGCCUAAGAUAAAGCUGUCCAUAAUACUUGUUGAGUGAAUUAAUGAAUGAUGGAUGGAUGGAUGUGGGAGUAGACAGAAGGUGACACUGCAAGUGGCAUAAAAAUUGGAGUCCUAUCUGAGUUCUCAAUGGUAAAGACAUCAGACAUCUUAGCAGCUGGUGUAGAAAUUCAUGACAUUGAGUACUACUCUUUGCCUAAUGACAUUCAUACCUCUCCAUGUAAAUGUAAUUAAUGAAAGAAGAGAAUAUAUAAUGGCUGUGCUUUUCCACCAAAACCCCAUCUGAGUGAAUUUUAAAUUACCCAGACAUGUCAGACUGCCAAAUCCAAAAAAAAAAA